AUGGAAACACUACCACACAGUAAAAGAAUAGAAAUUGUGAAAACUACCCUCCCACCAUGUUGUUUACGAAUCCAUCCUCAGGAUACCUCAAAAAUAUUCAUUGGAACUUAUAAAUUAGAAGAUGAUGGAUCUCGACAUGGCUCAUUAGAUUACUAUAGCUUUCUUGACAACAAAUUAUCAUUAAUAUCCAGUACUGCUACUUUAGGAGCAAUACUAGAUAUUAAAUUUAAUCCAUCUGAUCCACAAAUGUUGGUCUCUGCCCAUUCAAAUGGUCAUUUGUUAAUAUGGAAGUUUGACAAUAAUACAUUGGAAUUAUCUCACGACGCAAACGUCCAUGAAGAUACAUUGAUAACGUCAAUUUUUUUCAACCCUAAUAAAGACAGCAAUGGUUCUGUGAUUUUGCUUACUUUCACUGAUGGUUACCUGGGUCUAUUUGAUUUGGAGAAAUUAGAGAUUGAUUACUUUGAUACUUGUCAUGAAUUAGAAUGUUGGACUGGUUCAUUUGGUGAAAUUGGUCAAUUAUCUAAUGUCGUAUACACUGGUGGUGAUGAUUCCCAAUUGAUUGCUCAUGACUUACGAACUAAACAACAAAUAUGGACCUUGCGUCGAGGUCAUGAUGCUGGGAUUGUGUCAAUUUUAUCACCCAAUGAUAACUGGAACAAAACCAGUCCGAAUACCUUAUGGACUGGUUCAUAUGAUGAUAAUUUAAGGGUUUGGGAUUUGCGAGUAAUUGAUAAAUCAAAUCCAAGCUUGAUUUCUGGGUACAUACCUAAAAUUAUUUCCCAAGAAAACUUGGGUGGUGGGGUAUGGAGAUUGAUUCCAAGUCCUGUUGAUAAUAGAUUGCUCAGUUGUUGUAUGUAUGAUGGUGCCAGAAUAAUCGAUGCUAACCUGGAUAGUUUUACAGUUACUCGUUAUUUUAAACAAGAUCAUCAGAGUAUGUGUUAUGGGGGCGAUUGGUCAUCCGAUGGGAAGUUCAUUGCAACGUGUUCGUUUUACGAUAAUGUUGUGCAAGUGUGGUCACCUGAUCAAUGUGUAUAA